CUGCCCUCCGGCCCGGCGCAUGGCUGCGCAGUCGCCAAAAACGCCGCCGAGUAAGCUGCCGCCCUUCAAAAAGAGCGUCGAAAAGCGACCCUCCCUGGAGUGGAAACCUGGUGUCUUAGAGGAUGGCUUGGGCGUUCCUGCCUUUGACAAAUCCUUUGACGAUCACUUUGAGAUCAACUCAGAACUUAUCGCGCAAGCACUGGAAGGAACGGUUCAUGAGUGUUGUGCCUCCUUUCCUCAGAAGAAGACGCAGCCAGAGGCAUGGGGCAUCUCGGUGGGUUUGUUGUGGAAACUGUGGCUCUACAUCCGCGAAGAUCUUUUGGGAUAUGCAGCUGCGCACGAAGCAGAUCACCACAAGAAACACCGCUGCUUGGUGGAUCCAUGCCUGUGGAACCAUUGCUGUGAGCCAUAUUGCUCCCCAACCGCAGCAGGAAGCCCAUCUUCUGAAGUACUACAGAGGAUGAAGGCUGACAUGCACCUGGUAGUGCAACGCUACGUUUUGCCCUGGACCAAGAACUUCGAUGCCGGACUGGCUCUGGUCUUGAAUGCUGGCGGCAUUGCUUGGUCGCGAAAGUCGGCAGAUUUAUUCUGCAUGGCCACGACCUUUGUGUCUCACAGCUGGGGGGAAGCCUUUGAAGAUUUCGCGCUGACAUUACAUCGCCUGUUGGAUGAAGAGGCAGUGGUGUGGAUUUGCAGCUUUGCGCUGUGGCAGCACGGCGACGUCUCGGCCAGCCUGGCGUCGCUGGAGACCUGUCCCUUCGCCAUCAGCAUGCGCCAUGCCCGGCGGGUGUUGGUGCUCACUGAUCACAGUGCAGAUACCCUGGAGCGCUGCUGGGUGGUCUUCGAAGCCGCCCUGGCGCAUGAGCUGGGAAAGGAUUACAACAUCUGCCUCCCCGACGACGGCGACGCCGCCUCCUGGCGCAUCGUGGGCCGGACGUUGGAACAGCUGGACGUCGAGGCGUGCAAAGCCUCCAACAAAAAGGAUAAGGAUGAGAUACUGUCCUACAUCCACAGGCAAGCUGGAGGCAUUUUUGCCCUCAACAGAAAUGUGCGCAAGUUGGCGCGUCAAGCAAUGGAACGCUCAGAACUGAUGGCCGCAGCUGUGGCAGGUGAUUUGGAGCGCAUCCAGCGCGCCUCGCCCUCCGAGCUGCUCACCUGGCGCAACAUCCGGGGCCGCAGCGUGACGCACGUGGCGGCCGCCAAGUCGCAGGUGGCAGCCAUGGUCAAAGUGCUUCAAAUGACGAACUUCGCUCAUCUCAACGUGUUGGACGAGGACUCGCGUUCUCCUUUGGGUGUGGCUGUGGAAAGUGGUCAAGUGGCCUCGGUUUUGGCGCUGCUGGCGCUGCGCGCGGACAUCGAGCUGCGCUCCGCCACGGGGCAAACGGCGCUGCAUCUGGCGGCCAUCCGCGGCCAUCCGGAGAUCACUCAGGCGAUCGUGGACAUGAAGGCUCAUUUGGAGGCGGAGACCGUGUACUACGGCCGCCCGGGCCAUCGGCCACUGACCAUCGCCUGUAGUGAAGGAAGAGAUAAAAUUGUGCGGUUGCUGGUUGAGUACAGAGCUGAUAUGGAAGCAAGAACCUCCACGGGUGCGGCCUCAUUGCACGUGGCCGCCUGGACGGGGCACGCAGAGGCAGCCGCGGCACUGCUGGCGGGGAAGGCGGAGGUGAACAUCACCACGCAGGACGCCUUCGAACGCACACCUCUCUCUUUGGCGCUGAUGAACGGGCACUCCGCCACGGUGGGCCUCCUGCUGGGAGCGAAGGCCGCUGUGGGUCACGAUGCAGGGGAAGACUUGGAUCUGAUGACUCCUGCCAACACCUGCCGUAGCAGCAAGUCAAUCAGGCGCACCCGACUCUUCAAGAAGUACACCCGAAAGGACUCAAGACGUGAGGCAGAGAUGAUGGUCCUUAAGCAUGAAUCUUCGGGGAGUUUCAAGAGUCAACAGUCGGGGCUGCAGCGUGAAUGCAGUCGCUCGGAUGACGAGUCCCGGGAGGUGUCGGCCUGUGGCACGUCACGUCCAUCCUCCAGAUCUGUCACCUUUGAGGAGAAUCCCAACGUGAGUUUCUUCCCUGGAAGUUCGAGCGAUUCCGAGGACGAUUACGUCUUUUUGGUGGACAGCGAUGACAGCCCAUCCACAGACAAAGUGGAUGUGGCCAGCUCUUGGCCACAGCUGCCACUGAUCGUUUCCACCAUGUCUGCUUUGCUGGUCGGCCUGCUGUUGGGCCGCUGGCAUCGCAGAUGAGACAAACAGGUGCUGCGAUGCGAUGCGCUGAUAUCCCCAGGAUGUGCCUUUGGAAAAGCAAAAAGCAAUGACAUCGCCUUGGCUUAGAGACUUCAUUUAGUUACGCAUGUCAUGGCAUGCUGUUCCAAUUUGCAGGAGGCGCCGCGCGAUGCCGCUGUAAAGUGAGUUCAGUGAGUUGUUCUGUGGGAACUCAACCCUUGAAGGUGACCCCACAUGAGGCAAUUUUUGGGGCUUAAUUAAGCACCAACCACCAAGGUUUGGGCUUAAAUUCAUUCGCC